AUGCCUUUGAGAUUGUAUGUCUUGCCUGACUGUAAGCAACGUACUGGUUUCCGUAGUCUAUUCUACCUGAGUGCACGACCUGAGUGCCGUAUAGUCGAGUCGGAACUGUCGCUAACACUGAUCAUCGCCGCCUACGCGACUGCACCGAGAUUGUGCACUUACAACGCGAGAACAGUGCCCACAGACGCUGACCUACAUGCCCUUCUCGGAGCUGCAGAGCGCAUCAAAUUCCGCGUGUUUGUUCUGCAAGAGACCAAGAGCAGGAGCGACGUACAACAGAUGAAUGAUUGUACACACGUCAUUCGUGGAGAGAACGUUCCGUCUCAAAAUGUGAGCGGUGUUGGUUUUGUUGUGCACCCACCUGUCGUCCAUCUUGUCGAUCCUCAAAAGAUCAUGCCACCUCGUUUGGCCAUUCUUCGCCUCCGUUGUCAGCACCAAAAAUCCAUGAGCAUCAUCAACUCACCAACAUCCGCAACUGCUGCAAAUUCGAAUUGGAUGCGCUUUAUGAAGAGCUGGAGGGAGUGA